GCAAAUUCGGAAUAAGAUCUUCUUUGCUCUCUUUUUCGAUUUCUUAUUCUUAUCGUUGUUAUUUUCGUGUUCUGAUUGCUUGACGUGUGCUAAUUAGCAGAUAUUCGGGUCCUCUGGGAAAUUAGGGUUUUCCUAGUUUCCUUAUUUAAACGGAAAUCGACAGUGUGAAUUUCGGUUCCCACAAAGAUCCAGAACCAGCAGGAGUCAAUAAUUGUAGACAUCUGCUUUGGGUUGGGACCCGGAACCGGCAGAUCCGAAGACUGCAGGUAUCUGAUCUGAGGAUAUGACCCAAAACCAGUAGGAACCAGGGACCGCAGAAAGUCUGAUAUGAGGAUAGGACCUGGAAUCAGUAGGGACCAGGGACUGCAGGAAGUCUGAUCUGAGGAUAGGACCCGGAACCAGCAGGAACCAGGGACUGCAGAAAGUCUGAUAUGAGGAUAGGACCCAGAACCAGUAGGAACCAGUUGGUAAUUCCUAUGUUGGGUCUUGUUACAUCUGUUUAGUGUUGUGUAUCCUCCCUUGAAGAGGAGUUUCCAGCUUUGUGAUGUUUAGAUCUGGUGAGAAUACGUCGUUUCAUGCCCUUAGAUGGUUGGGGUUGAAAUAUUCUGAAGGAAUGGAUGUAAUGUCUCUUCCGCCUAUCACCAUCAUCACGUAGCAUAUGACUGCCCCUCCUUCUAGCGCCAAACUGUUAGGAGAUUUUUGUGUACAAGUGAUUCGUGCUCAGCACUACGGAAUGAUAGGAAGAAGGAGACUGGUCGUUGUGAUACUUUCUCCUGCUUCGGUCGUGGAUAAGCCAGGAUAUCCUGCUCUGAGGGUAGUGCUAUACGGGUAUGGGCUAGUAUAUGUCGUCAGUGCCUUAGUAGCAGUAAGAAAGGUCGGCUGUUAGGCAGGAACCACCUGUCUGUAGUGAAGAUCACAGGGUAUUCUGGGUCUGCAAUUGACGGUCCCGACUCCAGGGUCGGUCCUUGGAUGCCUCCUGAUUUCUAGUUGAUGGUUCCGACCACCAGGGACGGUCCCUGAGCGUCUAGGGGUGGAACCAUGGAAGGUGUUUGGGUUUAUAGCUGCAUCCUUCAACGGGGAUUGCCUACGUACCCUUCAGUGAGGGAUCAAGUCGUUCGUAGUUCAUGUAUGUGGAGGCACAGAGCCUAGAUGGGCGCGUAGCCAGAUGGAGGCACAUAGCCUUAAUGGAGGCACGUAGCCUAAGGAGAACGUAGCUCUUUAGGUUUUUGGAGUCAUCCGUACUAGGGGGCAAAUAGCCCGAACAGAUAGUAAACCUGUCGAUAUGCUGCAGUGAACAUGGAGCGUCGAUGUGCUUCAGUGAGCAUGGAUGGACCUUGCUGAUGAGCUGGAGAUCGUGGCCUCAGCCAGUCAGUAGAGUUGUAGACGUGUUGCAGGGAGCAUAUAUCUUUCCCUGGUCGAUAGUAACCGCCAGGAUCAGCCUCUACUAGGCUUGUCCGAGAAGAAGUUCUUCUAUGUGUAGAAUCUUGCCUUGGCGGCUGUAGAAUUGGUGAGCUCUGGUUAUGGACGUCUCCCUCUCUCCUUUAGGUUUAGAAACCUAUAUUUAUAGAAGAGGUCAUGCCUCCUCUUUUUGGGUUUGGAAAUAUUCCAUAUAUCCUUACAUAAUAGAAUAUUUCUAUUCUUUUUCAAGGGCGGCUUAUAUAUUGGAAUACUUCCUCUUUCUCUUGGAUUUAGGAAGAUCCCUUCUUCUCUAAGCUGAUUACUUGAUAAAUAUCCAUUUAUCUUAAGGCAGGAGAAAUCACUUGGUCAGGAAGACGGAGGAAUGUCCCAGACCUGGGGGCAGGGACCCGAGACCGGAGGCAGAAACCCGGACCCUGGGGGCAGGGACCUGGAAUACGGAAGCUGGAGUAAUAUCUUCAUGGAAUAUUUUUCCCCAACAGUUUGCCCCUUAUUUUCUGGCUUCAUGUUUCAAGACAAGAAAUAAUCCAACUUUCAUCAUUGGACUAUAAGUUACACUGUAGUAUCAAGCUGCCUUGUUGAUCGUUCUCAGAUGUACUUGCGCUCGGUGUGAAAGGAUUUGCAGCCUGGUUGGAGAUGUAAAACCUUUGAUUCGGAUGACCUGGAAAUGGAGAAUCAGGAAGAACCACAAUGUAGGACCUAGUAAACGCUCUAAGGGUGGACAUCACCGUCGUGCUAGAUCAGGUCGGGCCUGUAGGACUUUCUUCUUCUCCUUUAUAAGGAUGAGACAUUGCCCCUACGGUGGGGAUUUGCCGGAGUUGGCAGAAAGUUUGAUGAAGAAGCCAGGAACGCCUGCAUAAAGGGUGAUGCUACUGCUCAUACCCAGGUGCUUGUGCUUCUCCUGUGGCUGUACUCCGCUUUAGUUCAGGCCUGAUUUUAGUUUGCGUUUCUUGAGGCUCUCUGGCUCCACGAACCUUGUGGAGGAGUGUAUGGGUCAGGACCCAGGAAUUUUAAGAGGGAGAAUCUUGGCGAGACUAAGGAUCAGGAGAACGAAGAGGUUGAAUAAGACCCGGAGGCCGAAACUAAGGAUCCUCAUGCUUGAUUCCACUGGCAUGGCUUGUGCCUCUCGAGCUUGUAAAGGCUGGAAUGGACAUUUAGGAGGGUCUCCGUGCCGGUUUCCUUGCAGCGUUUAGCAUACUUGAUACUCCUUUGCUGCUGAUGUUUGUAGCUGUAGCUUCUUGCCUCGUCUCUGGAUCGUACCUUGACUUUUGGCAGAGGGGAUAUUCAGCAUGUUCUUCUUGAUGCCUGGAGUGCGGGGGAAAAAUAUCCCGGUAUUAUUUCCCCCAGCCUCUGGGCAGGACUCAGAUCGCCGGGUCCCAAGUAAACGGGUUCCUCGGGUCCCCCCAGAGAGAACCCUGGGCUCGGUCCCUGGUCCCUGCUCCCUUCCAAGAAAUGGAAAACUUCCGACAAGGAGAACCUUCCAUAUUUCCGAAUAUGAAAGAGUUUAACCUAAUGAAACCGACUUCUGGACGACUAUAUAAGAGCUACAACAGCCCUCAAGCAUGUGGAGACCUUUUGGACUUGGAGAUUAUACUUAGGUGGCUAGGGUUAGGGUUCAUGCGAAUAUACUUAUAAUCCUUGCUUGUUCUAUGUAAUAAAGAUCUCCCAAGUCUAUAUUUUCCUCAAUCUCUCUAAAUCCCCACGAAACACUCUUAAAUCUACCCAACAAAUCAACUUAUCCAUCGUUCUGUGGUAAUCUGAAAGAGCCUACACAAAAAUCCCCUAACAGUUUGGCGCUAGAAGGAGGGGAGUAAUCUAACUACGUGAUGAUGGCGAUGGAUGAGUCCUCCCUACCACACUCGCAAGAGGAAACGACUUACGUCAUAUCCGGAGGAUUAGAGACAUGCAGUGCAAGUCACUCAGCCACCCCGGAAAACACCCGGAGGACUGGGAGCAGUUCGGCGAAAAUCAAGCAGGAAUCCUCUCAGACAACCGAGAUAAGUUUCACAGCCGAAGAACGAGAGAGAGUCCUGUUACCUCAUCACGAUGCUCUCACCGUCACACUUCUGGUAGCAAACUGCAUGGUCAAAAGGAUACUGGUAGAUAGCGGUAGCUCCAGUAACAUCAUCUUCCAAGCGGCGUACCAAAGUCUGGGGUUAGAAGAAGGAACCUUAAUACGCAAAGCGACCCCCCUGAUAGGAUUCAGCAGAGAAGUCAAACAAGCAACCAGAGAAAUCUUCCUCCCCAUCUAUGCUGAAGGAGUCAGCCUCCUUACUAGGCUUCACGUCGUCGACUGCCACUCCUCUUAUAAUAUGAUCUUAGGCCGGGCAUGGAUUCAUGGAAUGAGAGUAGUUCCCUCGACUCUCCAUCAGGAAACCACCCGCCAUUGCUAUCAGAUCGCUCUAAAAGAGCGAACCAAAACAACAUUGCCCCCGCAAGUCAAAUCCCAAGCUCCGCAUACAGAAGAACCAGAAGUUGAGGAUAUGGACGACGUACCCCUAGUAGAAGGUGACUUAACUCGCAACCUCAAGAUCGGGUCCAAGCUCUCCGAAGGAUUAAGAAGAAGACUGGAAGACUUCCUCCGGUCCAAUUCCGACUGUUUCGCAUGGUCACACUUAGACAUGUGUUGGGGUCAAAAAUGGUUGCGAAGAAGUUAACAAUCAAAACGUCCGAGGAAUAAAAUAAGAAUUUCUCCGAUGAAUACUUUUCGAAAUAGAUUAUUUCUUACGAAAAAGCUUUACGGAGGAAAGAACGAGACGUCCGACGAAAGCUCAAAACAGGUCGUUAUGCAGCGACUAAACGCGCCAUGCUCGGUCGCUACGUAGCGACCGAGCGUCCGUCCCAGUCGGUCGCUACGUAGCGACCGAGCUCGAGCCAAAGCUCGGUCGCUACAUAGCGACCGAGCGUUCAUCCCACUCGGUCCCUAC